CACACCAACUUUUCCAUCAUAAAUAAAGCAUAGGAACCUCGAUUGGUUUUCAUAACAAACUCCUUCAGUUGUCACUUCAACUUCACGCGUACUUAUAAUAUAUCUGGUCGGAAAAAAAUGGCAACCAAGAUUCUGAUCGUCGGAGGCACGGGAUACAUCGGAAAGUUCAUCGUCGAGGCUAGCGCAAAGGCUGGACAUCCCACGUUUGUGCUCGUGAGGGAAGCUACUCUAACUAGCCCUGAUAAAUCGCAACUCAUCGAUAGCUUCAAGUCUUUGGGCGUUACUUUUGUCCAUGGAGAUCUGUAUGAUCAUGGGAGUUUGGUGAAGGCGAUAAAGCAGGUGGAUGUGGUGAUUUCAACACUAGGUCACGGCCAGUUGGCUGAUCAAGAUAAGCUUCUUGCUGCUAUAGUAGAAGCCGGUAACGUUAAGAGAUUCUUUCCAUCUGAGUUCGGGCAAGAUGUGGAUAGAGUGAAUGCUGUUGAACCAGCAAAGUCAGCAUUUGCUGCCAAGGCACAAUUCCGCAGAACUGUUGAGGCUGCAGGAGUUCCAUUUACUUAUGUUGCUUGCAACUUUUUUGCUGGCUACUUUCUUCCAACUCUGGCCCAGGCUGGAGCCGCAGCUCCUCCAAGAGAUAAAGCAGUCAUAUUAGGCGACGGGAUUCCAAAAGUGGCAUUUAACAAGGAAGAAGACAUUGCAACCUACACUAUAAAAGCUGUGGAUGACCCGAGGACCUUGAACAAAAUUCUCUAUGUAAGGCCUCCUCACAACACACUUUCUUUCAAUGAGCUUCUGUCUGUGUGGGAGAAAAAGAUAGGCAAAACUCUUGAGAAGAUUUAUGUUCCAGAAGAGCAAGUCCUGAAGAGCAUUCAAGAAUCCCCUGUUCCGAUCAAUGUGCUGCUAUCUAUCAGUCAUUCUGCAUUUGUGAAGGGAGAUCAGACCAGCUUUGAGAUUGAACCUUCAUUCGGUGUGGAGGCUUCAGCACUUUAUCCUGAUGUCAAAUACACAACUGUGGACGAGUAUCUCAACCAAUUUGUCUAAACAAAGUCUCUUCGGCCACUACAUUAAGCAUAAUACUAUGUUUUCACUGAACUUGUAGUUUUUCUACCAGGGACUAUGUCGAAUGUUUGGUUGGGUUGUGUUUGUUUCUUGUGACAAUGUUUAACAUUGCAGAGCUUUAGCGUAUGCCCUUUUGUUGAAUAAAAUUAUGAUUAUGGGAUUUUCUUUC